AUGUCCCUCUUCACACCCCAACGCCAGUCUACAUCCCUCUCAAGCAUCCUCGCAGGCCCAGGAUCGCCCCUCACUCCCCGCAACGUCAACAUUGCACGGCAACUCGCUCGCCAAGCGACCCCAAAAUCCACCCUCAAGCGCGCUUCUCCCUUCAAGCUCGAUCGCGUUGCUUCAGACUGGACACUCACAGGCACGGGAACACCCAACAAGCAUGCAAAGAGGCAGGUCAAGGGUCACGGCGCCGGUGACCGGUUCAUCGGCCGUGCAAAUCCAGCCACCGCAAAACUCAAUGCAGAACCAAGAACGGCACCGGCUACUGCAUACACGGACCUGGCCUACUCCUCACAAGUAGCAGAGGCUUGCGGUAUUGCUCUCAACCAACGCAUCUUGGCAUUCAAGCCAGAAGCACCGGAGUCAAAAGCCCCCGUGCUCCUCAAUGCACAGUACAACCGGCCUCUGCGUCCCGUCAACACUGCAACUGUCAAGCGUCGCAUCAAUACUGUGCCUGAGCGUGUGCUGGACGCACCUGGCUUGAUUGAUGACUACUACCUCAAUUUGCUCGACUGGUCGAGCAGCAACUGUGUAGCCAUUGCAUUGGAAAAGUCUGUGUAUGUCUGGAACGCAGAGACUGGCAGCGUCUCCUCUCUGCUCGAUUGCGAUGCAUCCAACUACAUUGCCAGCAUCAAGUGGGCGCCUGAUGGCAGCCAUCUCGGCGUUGGUCUGUCGGAUGGUACGCGUUCCAUCUACGAUGCCGAGACCGGCACGCGUCUUCGUACACUCCUCGGCCAUGACGCCCGCGUGGCCUCCAUGUCCUGGAACAACCACUUGCUCACGUCUGGUGCACGCAACGGCCAGAUUCACAGCUCGGAUGUGCGUAUUCAGCAGCACCACGUUGCUUCCUUCAACAACCACGCUAGCGAAGUGUGCGGUCUUGCGUGGCGCGCUGAUGGUCAACAGCUAGCUUCAGGAGGCAACGACAAUGUCGUCAACAUUUGGGACGCACGCUCCUCUAUUCCCAAGUUCACAAAGACCAAUCACACAGCAGCCGUCAAGGCACUUGCGUGGUGCCCCUGGAACACAUCCCUCUUGGCCACAGGUGGUGGUUCAUCAGACAGAAACAUUCACUUCUUCAGCAGUACAAGUGGUGCACGUCUAUCUACGAUGAACUGUACCUCGCAAGUCACGAGUCUGACUUGGUCUCCUGCGCAUCGCGAAAUUGUCUCUACGCAUGGAUUCCCAGACAAUCAAAUCACGGUGCACAGUGUACAAAACAACACACUCAGCAAAGUGGUGGAUAUCCCUGCUCAUGAUGCGCGUGUCUUGCAUGCCUGCUUGUCACCGGAUGGCACGACUCUAGCAACGACCUCCUCAGAUGAGAAUCUCAAGUUUUGGAAGGUGUUUGAGGCAAAACGACGCACGGCUGAGCAUGAGCGCGGCGCAAAGGAGAUGCGCGCUGGCAUGACAAUCCGUUGA